AUGUCAACAGCUGCUCCAGGCUCCCAGGAGGGAUUCCACGGGCUGUACAACCAGGGCGCCACCUGCUACCUGAACAGCGUCCUGCAGGUCCUGUUCAUGACCAGAGACUUCAGAGAGGCCCUGCACAGGUUUGUCAUUUCCGGGUCUUCUCUCCAUGAUGGAUUCUUGCCCCUUAAAGCCCUCAAAGAGGGCCUGGAGGAGUCUGUCCAGAGACCCAUCAUCAGCACCCUUAAAGCUGAGAUGAAUCUUCAUCCGGAGGUUCUGACCCUGCUGCUGAAGAGGUUUAAGUUCGACUUCGACCACAUGAGAUAUGUGAAAAUCGUCCGCGGGGUGGAGAUCCCCCCGGUCCUGACCGUCCCCCCCGACGACGCCCAGGCAAGAAAAAACGCCCCCGGCCAGACGUACGCGCUCUACGCCUUGGUGGAGCAUUACGGGGACCUGAAGCACGGACACUACACCGUCACCGUCCAGCCCCACGGCGACCAGAGCUGGUACAACUUCAACGACACCUCCGUAACCAAGAUCCCCGACGGAAAUCUGACCCAAAACCUCUCUCCCGUCAGAUCCCAGAGCGCCUACCUGCUGUUCUACCGGAAAACGGGCGGGAGAUAUGACAAGAAGACGGGAGGUCAGGGAGCAGAGGGAGGUCCAGACCAGAGGGGAGGAGACCUCCGGGGUCAGGAGGAGAGCAGCAGAGGAGGAGGAGGUGCUGUGGGCUCCUCCUCUGAAGCCUCCAAACUCAGCACCAAGGACAGGGAGCAGCAGGCGGAGCGUCGGUCUCUGGAUGAACAGCUUCAGAUCCUCUUUGAGGACCUGAAGAAACAUGCAGCUGAAUCUAGGAACCUCAGUUGGAGCAACCGAGGCUUCAGAGGAGGAGCCCACAGCACCUCCUCCCCGCUGGUUUGGACCUCCAGCUGCUCCCUGACCCCCCGUCUUCUUGUCAUAUCUCUGUUUUUCCUCCUCAGACUCUUUGUUUCCGGCCUCUUUGACGUUCCCUCCUCUGUCCUUCCCGUUUUCCUGCCUGUCCUCAGAUUUAGCCCUAUCCCCGUUCUGGCUGACUGUGGUGCGUUCACUGUCCGCGUGUUGCCCAUCGUUGUGUCUGGCUCCACCUCCGGCCUCUCCUCCUCUAUUCUGCGUCGGGUUAUUACAGAGGUCGGCUCUGUCCCUCCUUCCUCCCCUCUAACCUCCACUCCUCCUGCUGUCUCCACAUCAUCACCACGCUGCUGCUCUCUGUUUCUGGACUCUUUCUCAGAGGCGGAAACGUCUCUGAUCCCCGAACCCAAAGUCUCUGCAGCAGAAACUGGAGGGAUCAACGAGAAACAGAUCAACAAUAAACAGAAAGGACUCACUCAGAAACGGCCAAACAGCAGAAAAACGUCCCAGGAGCUGAUGGGAGUGAAAAGAAAAUCUGUGAGAUCUAACGUGGAAUCUGUACUUGAGAAGCUCCGGGAGCGCUCACGUUUCUCAGGAUCUUCUGGAAACACUCAUCAGCACCACUCUGAACAUCCACUGGAGGAGGUCCUCAAAGAGGAUCUGAAGCUGUUCCUCCAGAGACCGACGCUCCGCCUGCUGCUUCCUGUCCUUGGUGCUGAGUUUGGAGACUUCAGAGGAGGAGCCCACAGCACCUCCUCCUCCUCUGCUGCUCUCCUCCUGACCCCGGAGGUCUCCUCCCCUCUGUUUUCCCCCUGUAGUCCCUCCUUCCUCCCUUCUAACCUCCACUACUCCUGCUCUCUCCACAUCAUCAUCACGCUGCUGCUCUCUGUUUCUGGACUCUUUCUCAGAGGCGGAAACGUCUCUGAUCCCCGAACCCAAAUGGAUGUUCAGAGUGAUGCUGGAGAGUGUUUUGAGAACAUCCUGAGAAACGUGAGCGCUCCCGGAGUGUCUCAGGUACAGACUCAGCUGUUCCAGGGUCAGCUGACACAUAAGACCCAAUGCAGUAAAUGUCGCACUCUGACCAGCUCUGAGGAAACUUUCUCCAGUCUGCCUCUUUCAUUUGAAGCAUCCAACAAAGACUACAAAGUGUCGGUGGUCAGUGGAGAAAACCAGCUGUUCUGUGAGCGUUGUGAUGCCAAAUGUGAUGCUGCAACGAAAUGUGAAAUUGAGCAUCAUCCAGAUGUUUUGUUGCUGCGGCUGAGAAGAUUUAAGUUUGAGGGGAUUUCCAAUUGGCACACUAGAAUCAGUCGUUAUGUGGAGUUUCCCUACAUGCUGGAGAUCCCACAUGCUGGAGCUGAGACUGAGAUUUAUGAGCUGUAUGCUUUUACUGAACAUUUUGGUGGAUAUGCACGUGGAUAUCACAAUGUUACUAUCAAGUCUUUGGAUGAUGGGAAGUGGUACGACAUCUGUGGCAAUUCUACCAGAUUGCCAUUCAAAGAAGGCUUGAGUCACAGCUCCUGGGACGUUUGUCUGCUGUUCUACAGGAAAGUUUCUAUUGUAGAGACUUUGGGUUCGGGGAUCAGAGACGUUUCCGCCUCUGAGAAAGAGUCCAGAAACAGAGAGCAGCAGCGUGGUGAUGAUGUGGAGACAGCAGGAGGAGAGGAGGUUAGAGGCCCAGCAGCUGGGAGUCAGAAGAAAGAGAACGAGGAUAGAGGAGGAGAGGAGGUUAGAGGGGAGGAAGGAGGGGCUACAGGGGGAAAACUGAGAGAGGAGGAGCAGAUGAAGAAGACGGGGGGAGAAGAGAGGGCUGGAGGUCCAGACCAGAGGGGAGGAGACCUCCGGGGUCAGGAGGAGAGCAGCAGAGGAGGAGGAGGUGCUGUGGGCUCCUCCUCUGAAGCCUCCAAACUCAGCACCAAGGACAGGGAGCAGCAGGCGGAGCGUCGCUCUCUGGAUGAACAGCUUCAGAUCCUCUUUGAGGACCUGAAGAAACAUGCAGCCGAAACUUGGAACCUCAGUCGGAGCACCAGAGUGGAUGUUCAGAGUGGUGCUGCAGAGUGUUUUGAGAACAUCCUGAGAAACGUGAGCGCUCCCGGAGCUUCUCAGCUGUUCCAGGGUCAGCUGACACAUAAGACCCAAUGUAGUAAAUGUCGCACUCUGACAAGCUCUGAGGAAACUUUCUCGAGUCUGCCUCUUUCAUUUGAAGACUCCUACAAAGACUACCAAGUGUCGGUGGUCAGUGGAGCAAACCAGCUGUUCUGUGAGCGAUGUGCUGCCAAAUGUGAUGCUGCAACGAAAUGUGAAAUGGUGAAUCAUCCAGAAGUUUUGGUGCUGCGGCUAAAAAGGUUUAAGUUUGACAGCAUUUUCGAAUGGCACACUAAAAUCAUACGUUAUGUGGAGUUUCCCUGUGUGCUGGAGAUCCCACAUGCUGGAGUUGAGACUGAGAUUUAUGAGCUGUAUGCCUUUGUUAAACAUAUUGGUGUUUAUACACAUGGAUAUCACAAUGUAACUAUCAAGUCUUUGGAUGAUGGGAAGUGGUACGACAUCAGUGGUAAUGAUGUCAGUUUGGUUAAUUUCAAGCCAUUCAAAACUGAUGAGAAUCGCAGGUGCCGGGACGUUUGUCUGCUGUUCUACAGGAAAGUUUCUGCUGCAGAGACUUUGGGUUCGGUGAUCAGAGACGUUUCCGCCUCUGAGAAAGAGUCCAGAAACAGAGAGCAGCAGCGUGGUGAUGAUGUGGAGACAGCAGGAGGAAUGGAGGGUAGAGGGGAGGAAGGAGGGACUAGAGGGGGAAAACUCAGAGAGGAGGAGCAGAGGAAGAAGACGGGGGGAGAACAGAGGGCUGGAACACGGAUGCGGACCAAAACCGACCUCUAUAAUAACCCGACGCAGAACAGAGGAGGAGAGGCCGGAGGUGGAGCCAGACACAACGAUGGGCAACACGCGGACAGUGAACGCACCACAGUCAGCCAGAACGGGGAUAGGGCAAAAUCUGAGGACGGGAAGGAAAACGGGAAGGACAGAGGAGGGAACGUCAAAGAGGACGGAAACAAAGAGUCUGAGGAGGAAAAACAGAGAUAUGACAAGAAGAUGGGAGGUCAGGGAGCAGAAGGAGGUCCAAACCAGAGGGGAGGAGGUGCUGUGGGCUCCUCCUCUGAAGCCUCCAAACUCAGCACCACAGACAGGAAGCAGCAGUCUGAAGCUAAAGCCGCGGCAUCUGCCCCCCCCCCCGAGCCAAAGUACCACGGGCUGUACAACCAGGGCGCCACCUGCUACCUGAACAGCGUCCUGCAGGUCCUGUUCAUGACCCCCGGCUUCACAGAGGCCCUGCACAGGUUCGCCAAAGGACUCAGGAGCAGGCCGAAACCAAACAGAGACCCCUGCUCUCAGCCUGUGUUUGUUUCCCACAGACAUCCGUGUGGGCGUCCGUCUCUGGAUAAAGAGCUUCAGAGCCUCUUUGAGGACUUGAAGAAACAAACAGCUGAAACUAAGAACAUCACAAAGAGUCUGGGCAUCAACAAAGUGGAUGUUCAGAGUGGUGCUGCAGAGUGUUUUGAGAACAUCCUGAGAAACGUGAGCGCUCCCGGAGCGUCUCAGCUGUUCCAGGGUCAGCUGACACAUAAGACCCAAUGCCGUAAAUGUCGCACACUGACCAGCUCUGAGGAGCCUUUCUGGAAUCUGCCUCUUACAUUUGAAGAGUCCAACAAAGACUACAAAGUGUCGUUGGUCAGUGGAGCAAACCAGCUGUUCUGUGAGCGUUGUGAUGCCAAAUGUGAUGCUGCCGCGAAAAGUGAAAUGACGCAUCAUCCAGAUGUUUUGAUGCUGCGGCUGGGAAGAUUUAAGUUCGACAGCUAUUACAAAUGCUUCAAGAAAAUCGAUCGUUAUGUGGAGUUUCCCUACAUGCUGGAGAUCCCACACGCUGGAGCUGAGACUGAGAUUUAUGAGCUGUACGCCUUUGUGGGAUAUGUGGUAAAACACAAAUAUGGAGAGUUCUUUGCAACAAUCAAGCCUCAGGAUAACGAGAAGUGGUACAACUUCAGCGACCACCAUGUCUACGUGAUAUGUCGAUACAAAACGCUGAUUUCCAACCGUUCAAAGUGGACAUCAAUCACAGUUUCUGCUGCAGAGCAGAAGCAGACGGGAGGUCAGGGAGCAGCUGGAGGUGCAAACCAGAGGGGAGGAGGCGCUGUGGGCUCCUCCUCUGAAGCCUCCAAACUCAGCACCACGGUAACAAAGCAGCAGCCCACACCGGUCAACUCGAACCUCCACGUUGCCAGUAAACCUGGAGCUGGCCAUCCCGCGGCAUCUGCCCCCCCCCCAGGUGAGCAGAACCCCCUCCAGGCUGAGCUUUGGAAGCCAGAGCUGCGGCUAACCUGCCCCUUUUUCCCCUUUUUCCCCCUCCAUCCAGAGCCAAAGUACCACGGGCUGUACAACCAGGGCGCCACCUGCUACCUGAACAGCGUCCUGCAGGUCCUGUUCAUGACCAGAGACUUCAGGGAGGCCGUGAAGAGACAUCCGUGUGGGCGUCAGUCUCUGGAUAAAGAGCUUCAAAACCUCUUUGAGGAAUUGAAGAAACAAACAGCUGAAACUAGGAACAUCACAAAGAGUCUGGGCAUCAGCAGAGUGGAUGUUCAGAGUGAUGCUGCCGAGUGUUUUGAGAACAUCCUGAGAAACGUGAGCGCUCCCGGAGCGUCUCAGCUGUUCCAGGGUCAGCUGAGACAUAUGACCAAAUGCCUUAAAUGUGGCACUCUGACCAGCUCUGAGGAGCCUUUCUGGAAUCUGCCUCUUGAGCUGGUGGCUUCCCGCUCAGAUUCCUACUCACAUUACAGCGUGGUGAGAUGUCUGACACGAAUCUGGGAUAUCUGGGAUAAACCCAGACUGGGUCCAUCUGGAUCUGAGCGGACGGACGUGGACGGCAUCGCCGAGUAUUUCGGAGUGUCUGAGGUCAGGGGGUCAGACCAGCUGUUCUGUGACCGCUGUGAUGCCAAAACCGACGCCAAGAUGAAAUAUGAAAUAAAGCAACACCCACAAGUUUUGAUGCUGAUGCUGAAGAGAUUCAAGUUUAACUAUACGUACAUGAGCUAUGUGAAAGUAAAGAACAGCGUGGUGAUUCCCGACAGUGUGAAGUUACCGGGGGGCUCCGGAGCUCCGGUACGUCUCACUUAUUGUUUAGCCAAAUAUUCCACGCGGGUUUGCUCCCGGGGGCGAUUUAAAAAAGGGAUUUCCUCUCUUUGCUGCGAUCAGAGUGAGGACUAUGAGCUGUAUGCGUUCGUGGAGCAUGUCGGGGAGCUGAGACACGGACACUACACGGCGACUAUUAAGAGCCAGAGCGACGGGAAUCAGAACAAAGAGAACAGAGGGAGGAACGAGGAGAGAGGAGGAGAGGAGGUUAGAAGGGAAGAAGGAGGGACUCAAGGGGGAAAACUGAGAGAGGAGGAGCAGAGGAAGAAGACGGAGGGAGAAGAGGGGGCUGGAACACGGAUGCUGACCAGAGCUGACCUCUGUAAUAACCCGACGCAGAGCAGAGGAGGAGAGGCCGGAGGUGGAGCCAGACACAACGAUGGGCAACACGCGGACAGUGAACGCACCACAGUCAGCCAGAACGGGGAUAGGGUAAAAUCUGAGGACAGGCAGGAAAACGGGAAGAACAGAGGAGGGAACGUCAAAGAGGCCGGAAACAAAGAGUCCGAGGAGGAAAAACAGAGAUAUGACAAGAAGACGGGAGGUCAGGGAGCAGAGGGAGGGUCAGAUCUCCAUAAAGGCGGUGAUGAGGCCAAACAGAGGAAUGAAAGGGAGCUGAAAAGGGCAGAAGUUCAGGGGCAGAAAACUGAGGAGCAGAGAGGGGCCGAAGGUGGAGCUGGAAAGGAUUCACACACAUCAAAGUUGUCUAUGAUUCUGAGGAGACGUCCUGGAAAAGCAGUUCAAGUUUCAUCCGAAAACUGCCAAUUUAUUGGUUCGGAAACACGUGGGGAUGAAGAGACGCGGUACUAUUUAGCUCCUGGGCAGGGAAAUCAGAGGAGUGGUCCGGAUUCAGGCGUCAGUCCCCAGGCGCCAAAACCAGACCUCGCUGGGCCCAGAACCGCCCCCCCAUGCAGGAGAACCUAUUCUGAGGUCAGCCAGGUCCCGGAUAAAACUCCAGAUGACACAAAGAUACAGAUCGAGAGUGAAAGCUCCAAUGGAUCUGCUAAAAAGAAAGAGCCAAAGUACCACGGUCUGUACAACCAGGGCGCCACCUGCUACCUGAACAGCGUCCUGCAGGUCCUGUUCAUGACCCCCGGCUUCAGAGAGGCCCUGCACAGGUUCGCCAAAGGACUCAGGAGCAGGCCGAAACCAAACAGAGACCCCUGCUCUCAGCCUGUGUUUGUUUCCCACAGACAUCCGUGUGGGCGUCAGUCUCUGGAUAAAGAGCUUCAAAACCUCUUUGAGGACUUGAAGAAACAAACAGCUGAAACUAAGAACAUCACAAAGAGUCUGGGCAUCAGCAAAGUGGAUGUUCAGAGUGGUGCUGCAGAGUGUUUUGAGAACAUCCUGAGAAACGUGAGCGCCCCUGGAGCGUCUCAGCUGUUCCAGGGUCAGCUGACACAUAGGACCAAAUGCCGUAAAUGUCGCACUCUGACCAGCUCUGAGGAGCCUUUCUUGAGUCUGCCUCUUACAUUUGAAGAGUCCAACAAAGAAUACAAAGUGUCGGUGGUCAGUGGAGCAAACCAGCUGUUCUGUGAGCAUUGUGAUGCCAAACGUGAUGCUGCCGCGAAAAGUGAAAUGACGCAUCAUCCAGACGUUUUGAUGCUGCGGCUGAGAAGAUUUAAAUUCAACAGUGUUAGAAGAGAGCACAUUAAAAUUGAUCGUUAUGUGGAGUUUCCUUACAUGCUGGAGAUCCCACAUGCUGGAGCUGAGACUGAGAUUUAUGAGCUGUACGCCUUUGUGGGAAAUGGGGGAAAAUACACAUAUGGACAGUUUUCUGCAACAAUCAAGCCUCAGGAUAACGAGAAGUGGUACAACUUCAGCGACCACCAUGUCUACGUGAUAUGUCGAUACAAAACGCUGAUUUCCAACCGUUCCAAGUGGACAACAAUCACAGUUUCUGCUGCAGAGCAGAAGCAGACGGGAGGUCAGGGAGCAGCUGGAGGUCCAAACCAGAGGGGAGGAGGCGCUGUGGGGUCCUCCUCUGAAGCCUCCAAACUCAGCACCACGGUAACAAAGCAGCAGCCCACACCGGUCAACUCGAACCUCCAGGUUGCCAGUAAACCUGGAACCGGCCGUCCCGCGGCAUCUGCCCCCCCCCCAGAGCCAAAGUACCACGGGCUGUACAACCAGGGCGCCACCUGCUACCUGAACAGCGUCCUGCAGGUCCUGUUCAUGACCCCCGACUUCAGGGAGGCCGUGAAGAGACAUCCGUGUGGGCGUCCGUCUCUGGAUAAAGAGCUUCAAAACCUCUUUGAGGAAUUGAGGAAACAAACAGCCGAAACUAGGAACAUCACAAAGAGUCUGGGCAUCAGCAGAGUGGAUGUUCAGAGUGAUGCUGCAGAGUGUUUUGAGAACAUCCUGAGAAACGUGAGCGCCCCCGGAGCUUCUCAGCUGUUCCAGGGUCAGCUGACACAUAUGACCCAAUGCCUUAAAUGUCGCACUCUGACCAGCUCUGAGGAGCCUUUCUGGAAUCUGCCUCUUGAGCUGGUGGCUUCCCGCUCAGAUUCCUACUCACAUUACAGCGUGGUGAGAUGUCUGACACGAAUCUGGGAUAUCUGGGAUAAACCCAGACUGGGUCCAUCUGGAUCUGAGCGGACGGACGUGGACGGCAUCGCCGAGUAUUUCGGAGUGUCUGAGGUCAGGGGGUCAGACCAGCUUUUCUGUGACCGCUGUGCUGCCAAAACCGACGCCGCGAUG